ACUUGGGACCUACACUACAGCGACUAGGAAAGAUUUCCUUUUUCUGUACUUCUCAGUAAUCUCUUUCUGCGCAUAACAAGGAUCGAAGUUUGGGAUUCAAAUUUCAAAGUAGAGAGUUCUUUGAGGUAUUCGGUUUAAAGGAGAAGCAAGAAGAAGGGAAGGAAGGAAGGAAGGAAGGAAGGAAUCAAGAAUUCGACGAACGCUGUUAGCGUGAGGUUUAUUUUCUCCCAACGCAUGGGAGAAUCUGCUUGUCUCAUGCAAACCCUCUCUGAGUCUUCUGACACUUCCAAUGAAACUAGCGAGUACGAUCCCUGAGAUUUUCCUCACUCCAAUUGGGUUUCUGUUCUGUUCAUAUCAAUUGAUGUCUACGCUGUUGAGAUCAGUGAAAUGCUUGUGCUACAGGGGAAACACAUGCGUGCACUUUCAGAAUCAGUUUCUUUUGGAAGGUUCUUGUCGGAGUCCUUAGCUUGGGAGAAAUGGUCAUCAUUUUCUCACAACCGCUAUUUAGAAGACGUAGAGAAAUACUCCAGGCCUGGUUCAGUCGCUCAGAAGAAAGCUUAUUUUGAAGCCCAUUACAAGAAAAUUGCUGCUAAGAAGGCGGCAGCCUUGCUUGAGCAAGAAAAGGAAUCUGCUUGUAAUACUCUUCAACCAGAAACCCAAGAUGAAGCCCACAAAAAUGCUGCCCUGGUUUCACACUUGGCCGAAUCUGAUGGCCACGAGGCUGUUGAUGAAUCACGGCAAACCACAGUCCCUUCCAUGGAGGAAGGUUUCAUCACUGAUGCAAGCAGAUGUAAUUCCAAUGUUGAAAUGGAUCACAUGGAAACCAAUAAGGUGAAAGUAGCAGCUCCAGCAAUAGAAAACCAGGUUCUUGAGAAAAUUUCUCUUGUAGUUGAACCCUCUAACAAGCUUGCUGAUGUUGGGAACCACGGCAUUCUUACUGAGGUGGAACCUAGUGGAACCACCCAUAUGGAUCAGACUCAUACAGAGGAGAAUGUUGCUGCCGUUCAGAAGAAUUUGACUUCAGCGACCAAGGCAAAACCAUUGAUGUCUUACUCAAAACCAUCAGCUUACAGUAGGGAGUCCAGGCUUUCACCUUCCCCUGCGAAAUCAACAAGUAUUCAUUCCCGAAAGGAAAAUAUUGCCACUCCAAACAAUAGGAAGUCUGCAAGAGAUUCAGUCCAGAAGAAGUGUUCAACUCCUAAAUCGCUCCAUAUAUCGAUUAAUUUUUCUGCUAAUCACGAGACUCUGGCGUCAGCUACCAAGACAAAACCAGCAUUUUCUUCAUCAAAGCCACCAGCUUACAGUAGACUAUCAGGGCUUCAAUCUCCCACUGCCAAAUCCACAACCCCUGUCCAUUCCAGAGAGGAAAAUAAUCCCACUCCAAACAGUAAAGAGUCUGCAAGAGAUCCAGGGAAUAAGAAGUAUUCAAUGCCAAAAUCACUCCAUAUGUCAAUUAAUUUUGCUGCUAAUCAGGAGACUUUGCCUUCAGCUACAAAGACAAAACCAGCAGUUUCAUCCUCUAAGCCAUCCCUUUAUAGUAGAGCAUCAAGGCUUCCAUCUUCCCCCAGAAAAUCCACUACUCCUCUUCAUUCCAGAAAGGAAAACUGUGCCUCUCCAAACAAUAAAAAGUCUGCAUGUGACUUGGUGAAUGAGAAGUGUUCAACUCCCAAAUCACUUCAUUUGUCGAUUAAUUUUACUCCAUCUGGUGCUGGUGAACCUAAAAAAACAUCUUCAGUACGGCAAAAGACUGUGGAGUCAAGAAGAUCUGGAAGUUUGUCUACAUCUGGUGCUGUUAAAACUAACAAAAUAUCAGUUCGGCAAAGGAUUGCAGAGUCGAGAAGAUCUGAAAGUUUGUCUACAUCUAGACACUUUCCAAUUCCUCUAAGAACUCCAACCAUGGAAUCUAUGAAUGGUUUGCCAAAGAACCCUUCUGUCACUCCUCAGUCAGAAAAACGAAGUACCAGGAAGGAGCUUGAUCUCACAGCGUUUGGAAGCAGUAAAGAGCGCUCAAAAUGGCAAUCUUUGUCUAUGGUCCAUUCAAAGUCUUUGAGUGCCUGUGGAGGCAUAACGCGGUCCCCAACUCUAUCUUCUCCUUUUAGCUUCAGAACCGAUGAAAGAGCUGCGAAAAGAAAGGAGAAGUUGGAGAAUAAAUAUAAUGCAGAGGAGGCACAAAAUGUGCAGCUUCAGAUGAAAUCCAAGGAAAAGGCUGAAAGUGAGCUUAAGAAACUGCAACAAAGCCUUGGGUUCAAGGCAAAGCCAAUGCCAGACUUUUAUCGUGAAACAGAAUCAGGAAAGAAUCAGAUUAAGAAGAUUUCACUGACACAUCUUCGACCACCCAAGCUUGGAAGGAAGCCCAUUUCCAAUGCAGUCCAAGAUCAAAGCUCUCUACCUCCUCGGAGGCCUGCAGUCAAGAAUGACAACACCUAGAUUGUUAAAUCCCUGCUCAUUCUAUAACAGCACCACCCAAUAAGGGUACUCAUGAGAAUUCUUCCCCAGAUAUCCAGGAUUGAGUAGCGUCGAGGGAGAUUAAUGGAAAUACAUAUUAUAUUGGGAGAGAAUAAGCAUCAUACAAGUGCACUUCUUAACACAUUCAGGGCUUAAGAAGUGCACUUUCCAAAGAUGAAUCCCGUUAAACUGUCAGGGGAAUGGAAUUAUCUGUCAGAGAUAUGCAUUCUUUCCUCGAUUUCUUUCUGCAUCAAGUGAAAUAUUUUACCUGUUCUUCCUAUUAUCUGUUUCUUAAUGGAUGUAUUGUAUUUACGUAUUUUAGAACAGAUUCAAGAGAAGCCAUGGUUUGGUUUUCUGAGAAAAAUUACGAAGAGGGGGCUCAGAAAUUAUCGUUUAUUUGGAGUGUUUACUAUAAAUAAUCCUGAUUUUCAUUUUCUUGCUAA